AAAAUCGUUAAAAGGAUGCGUUUAAGUCCUGAGCAAUGCACAGCGAGCGGCGCGCUCGCAGCCGGCACCAUUGCGUCCCCGUGGAGCGCGGCGGCCGGCGCGCCCGACACCAAUGGCUCGGGCGGCGCCGACGCCAAGCACCUCGACGUCGGCGAUGCCAGUGACGAUGAAAAGGAUAUGUCCGCGGCCGAUGCGGAGGGUGUAUGGAGUCCGGAUAUCGAGCAGAGCUUCCAAGAAGCGCUGGCGAUCUACCCGCCGUGUGGCCGACGCAAAAUUAUACUCUCCGACGAGGGCAAGAUGUACGGAAGGAACGAGUUGAUAGCAAGGUAUAUAAAACUCAGAACAGGAAAGACGCGCACGAGAAAACAAGUCUCAUCCCACAUACAGGUGCUAGCUAGACGGAAACUACGGGAAAUACAGGCCAAACUCAAAGUGCAAUUUUGGCAACCGGGUCUACAAGCUGGACCGUCACAAGACGUGAAGCCGUUCCCUGGCGCGGGCUACAAGGGCGUCCCGGUGGGCGGCGUGGGCGUCCCCACGGGCACGGACGUGGCGCCGCCGCCGCCGUGGGAGGGACGCGCCAUCGCCACGCACAAGCUGCGGCUGGUCGAGUUCUCCGCCUUCGUCGAGCAUCCCAGGGAUCCUGACACGUACCCCAGCUCGGCGCCAGCGCAACAUCUAUUCGUCCACAUAGGUGGCUCAGUAACAUAUGCAGAUCCUUUAUUAGAGUCGGUAGACGUACAACAGAUAAACGAUAAAUUCCCGGAGAAGAAAGGCGGCCUCAAGGAGUUGUAUGAGAAGGGUCCCCGGAACGCGUUCUUCCUGGUGAAGUUCUGGGCAGACCUCAACACGAAUAACCUGGACGACCCGGGGCCUUCUACGGGUCACUAUACUCAGUACGAAAGCAACGAGAACAUGACAAUAACAUGUAGUACUAAAGUAUGUUCGUUCGGCAAGCAAGUCGUUGAGAAGGUUGAGACGGAAUACGCUCGCUUCGAAGGCGGCCGCUUCGUGUACCGCAUACACCGGUCGCCGAUGUGCGAGUACAUGGUCAACUUCAUACACAAGCUCAAGCAUCUACCAGAGAAGUAUAUGAUGAACAGCGUGUUAGAAAACUUCACUAUAUUACAGGUGGUAUCAAACAGAGACACGCAAGAGACAUUGUUAUGUGCCGCGUUUGUGUUUGAAGUGUACAGUGAGCACGGCGCGCAGCAUCACAUCUACAGGCUCGUCAAAGACUGAAGCGGACAACACGCGGCCCGCGGGCACUGCCGUCACACGCGGGCUACGCGCGGUAGGCAGAGUGAGGCGGGGCAGCAGGCGAAGUGACACUACAUGACAGCGGCGGCCAUCUCGCGCGAGUCCCGCGCCCUCGCAGCUGUGCGUCAAUACACGAUAAGCAACAGUCUUUACAUUCAACAAAAUAUAAAUAUCUGUUAUUAAAACCUAAAAUAGCAAAAUGUGAUCUGAAAAUUACGCUACAAGUAUUUUUGUAACUGAGUGUUUAUUAUACAUAGCUCAAUUUUAAAUAUUAUCUAUCGUAGUUCUGAUCCCAAGAAUCGGCAACAGAUCAUGUAGACCUCUGUCUAUAGUAUUAUAUCUUCGUUUAUUACUUUCGUAAUACUCUUGAUUCUAAAAUGAUAUUGUUUAAGGUUCUAAGAUAAAGAGAGUAACAAUAAUAUUUUACAUAAUUCUCUAAAUACGAAAUAUCGUUCGGUAUACUUCGCGUGUAAAAAUGUCAUAUAAAAAUAUAGAUUUGAAUACA